AAAUAGUUAGGGCAACACACCGGUGGUAGCGUGAUUCUUAGCAUCACCCGUCAAAUCGCCUAUUUUAUUUAGCUGUUUUCUUCUGGAAUUAGUGAAAAUGGGUGACGAUGACGAAAGAUUUGAUGGGAUGUUGCUUGCAAUGGCGCAGCAGCAUGAAGGAGGAGUUCAGGAGCUGGUAAACACAUUCUUUAGUUUUCUAAGGAGGAAAACGGAUUUCUUCACAGGAGGAGAAUCUGGAGCCCCAGAGAAGCUGGUUAAAGAGGCGUUUGCUCAUCACAAUCAGCUCGCCCUCCAAGUUCAGAAAGAAAAACAGUCUAGACAAGAAAAAGAGAGGAAGGAGAAGGCUGAGAGAGCUGCUAAACUAAAGGAAGAAGAGAUGAAGAAGAGGAAGAUUGAUGCAGAGGAGCCCAGAAUCAAAGAACUCACAGAUGAAGAGGCAGAGAGACUCCAGUCACAAUUACAAACUAAGCAAGAAGAGCAGAAAAAUUCAGAAGUAGCUGAGAAAACGGAUGCAGAUUCAAAAGACAAAAAAGGGUCGGACUCUGAAGGAGAGGAAGAUGAAAAGGACAAAGACAAGGUUAAGCCAAAUGCUGGAAAUGGAGCAGAUCUCCCAAACUACCGCUGGACUCAGUCCCUGUCUGAAGUGGAUCUGGUUGUGCCUUUCGAUGUGAGCUUCCGUCUGAAGGGGAAGGAUGUGGUGGUUGACGUGCAGCGGCGCACACUAAAGGUGGGCUUGAAGGGUCACCCGCCUCUGAUCGAUGGACAACUCUUCAAUGAGGUCAAAGUGGAGGAGAGCUCAUGGCUCAUCGAGGAUGGAAAAGUGGUCACUAUCCAUUUCGAGAAGAUAAAUAAAAUGGAGUGGUGGAACAAGUUAGUGACCACAGACCCUGAAAUCAACACCAAGAAAAUCUGCCCAGAGAACUCCAAGCUGUCAGAUCUGGAUGGCGAGACGCGCAGUAUGGUGGAGAAGAUGAUGUAUGACCAGAGGCAGAAGUCCAUGGGUUUACCCACCUCUGAAGAGCAGAAGAAACAGGACAUCCUGAAGAAGUUCAUGGCUCAGCAUCCAGAGAUGGACUUCUCUAAAGCCAAGUUCAGCUGAGAGACGCUCGUGCUGCGUGAACAUGUGAAUGAUCAUCUCUGUACAUGUGAUUCUGAUCUGCUUAUCACACCAUAAGUUCGAGCUGCUUGUGUUUGCUUCGGUCAUUGUUCGCCUAAUAAGUUUCACUGUUGUGAUGGUGGAAAGUCAUGAUACACCAUCUCUUGCUUUUGUUGUUUUUUUAAUAAAUCAUUUCAAACCCUCUCA